UUGCGCAGGCGCGGGUAGCAGCUGGUCCGCGCGCUGCGGUCUAGUGAGGCGAAUUUGCCCAGCGAUUCCCAGCCAGCGCCUAGUGUGGUGCAGUGGACUGUGUGGUUCCUUCUACCUGGGGACCAUGCAGAGAGCUUCACGUCUGAAGAGGGAGCUGCAGUUGUUAGCCACAGAGCCACCCCCAGGCAUCACCUGCUGGCAAGAUAAGGACCAAAUGGAUGAUCUGCGAGCUCAAAUAUUAGGUGCGGCUGACACACCUUAUGAAAAAGGUGUUUUCAAGCUGGAAGUUAUCAUUCCUGAGAGGUAUCCAUUUGAACCCCCUCAGAUCCGAUUUCUUACUCCAAUCUAUCAUCCAAACAUUGAUUCUGCCGGAAGGAUUUGUCUAGAUGUUCUCAAAUUGCCACCAAAAGGGGCCUGGAGGCCAUCUCUCAACCUCGCAACGGUGCUGACUUCUAUUCAGUUGCUCAUGUCCGAACCCAACCCUGAUGACCCACUCAUGGCAGACAUAUCCUCCGAAUUUAAAUACAAUAAGCCAGUCUUCCUCAAGAAUGCCAGGCAGUGGACAGAGAAGCAUGCAAGACAGAAACAGAAGGCUGAUAAGGAGGAGGUGCCUGAUGAUCUGCCAGAGGCUGGUGCCUCAGAAGUGUGCAACACAGUGCAGAAAAGGAAAGCCAGGCCACUGGGAGGCACAGGAAAGAAAUUCUGCCCUGAUGCUUAGGGGUUUGUCCUGGUCUAUCUUAGUUAAUAUAUUCUUUGCUAAGAUGGUCUAAUUGCUUACCUUCCUUGACUGUUUUUCUUUGUAUUUGUUGACGUUAUCAUUUUUUGUAUCGUAUAAAACAGACUUUGUGUAUUUAUAUAUUCUGCUCUACAUUGAUUCUCUGAGGGUAGUUUGUUUUAUUUAGCUUGUACAUACGUAUUUUGAAACUUUUAAA